AUGCCAAUGCGUAUAGAAGAAUUAAAUGAACAAUAUAAUCGAUAUACGAAUAAAAACAAAAAUAGAGAUAUAACUAGCUUAUCACAAUCAACUAAUAGAAAUCUAAUAAUGAAUAAGAAAAAAUCGAAAAAAUUAAUUAAAAAUAAAAAAUUAAAGAAACAAAAAAAUAAUUCUAAUAGUCAAACAAAUUUGAAAACAAUAAUAACAAUAACUGUUAUUAUAUGUCUAUUAAUUUUAUCUGGUCUUUCAAUAAUAAUUCUUUAUUUUAUCAAACGAAGAAAACAAGAUGAAGAACAAGAUCUAAUUAACGAGCCUAAAAAAUCAAAUAUCGAUAGCAUUAUAUCAACAAUUAAUGAUGAAACAUCAGAAAAUUCUCUUUCAUCAAAAGAGAAAACCAAAUCUGCUAAUGUACAAUCAAAUUUUCUUGAUGAUGAUAUGUAA